AUGCCACGACCUGGGAAAAACUCUUACAGUGACCAGAAGCCUCCCUAUUCGUACAUCUCCCUCACGGCCAUGGCCAUCCAGAACUCCCAAGACAAGAUGCUGCCCCUGAGCGACAUCUACAAGUUCAUCAUGGACCGCUUCCCCUACUACAGGGACAACACGCAGCGCUGGCAGAACUCGCUACGACACAAUCUCUCCUUUAACGACUGCUUCAUCAAAAUCCCGCGGCGGCCCGACCAGCCCGGCAAGGGCAGCUUCUGGGCCCUGCACCCGGACUGCGGCGACAUGUUCGAGAACGGCAGUUUCCUCCGUCGCCGUAAGCGCUUCAAGGUGCUGCGCGCCGAGCUGGCGGCGUGCAAGAGCUCGCCCAUGUUGCACUAUUUCCACCACCACCACCUCCAUCACCAUCUGCAGCCGGGCGGCAAGCCGGGCCAGCAGGAGCCAUCGGCCGGCCGCCUGCCUCUUAUGCACCCGACGCCGACGCACUUCCAAGGCUACGGGGGCAUCGCUUGCGCCCAGUCGGGUGGCUUUAAACACCCGUUCGCCAUCGAGAACAUCAUCAGCCGGGACUACAAAGGCGUCAUGCCCCUCACCUCCGUCAUGCACCACCUGGGCUAUCCGGUGCCCCCUCAGCUGAUGACCUCCGUGUGGCCCCACGUCGGGAUGCUGUCCGAGCCUCUGGCCCCGUCCCCGGAGUACGCGCCCUUCGGGGUCCCGGCAAAAAGCCUGUACCACCACCACCACCACAGUGCCAACGGGCCUGCUGCGCAACCCGCCGUGCCGGUGCCGAUAAAGCCCACGCCGGCUCUCGUGUCACACGGCCUGAGCGGGAUGUGCACCACGGGCUCCUCCUCCCACCAAGGUGAUGCUCUGGAGGAAAAAGGCAAUCUGCUGCAUCCAGCCCUCCUUCUGUCUUAA